AUGAUGGGGACCGUAACAUGGGCAGCCAGGCGGAUGAUGGAAGUUGUACAGACUGCUCCUGACCUUCGACAAACGAAGGAUAUUGUUCUAUGCCAUGUUCCAGCAUCUUCGGGCGCCAAGGCCUGCCCCAAGCUCAGCAAAGACAUGAUCCGCAGAGCGAGCCAUACAGCACAGGAGCAAAUACCGCCAGUGCCAGUGCCGGGUGAUUGUCUAUCCAUGGACCCGGAAGCAACACCCGUGUCUCCUGGCAAGCUUUCGGAUUGUUCCGCCUGCAACAUCCCCACACAUCGAUUCGUACGCGGCAGCUCGGUGGACUCAUUGGAGAGCUUAUUGUCUACGACCAGCAGCAUGGACUGUGUCGCAGACCGCUGUUCCUUCCCGGAAUAG